AAUCUGAAACCAUUUAAAAAAAAAAAAACAAAAUAAAAAUGCGAGCUCAGGUUUUAUACCCAACAUUAACAGCAUACGGUCACCACUAUUGUGCGCCACGCAGACUCGUCUCCUUAACCUACGCCUCUCUUCAACGCCACGGUGCUGCUCCGUUUCUCAAUCUCAGUCUCUUCACCGCCUUUCGCUCUCCCUUCUCCAGCAUGGAGCAAUUCCAUAGUAGAACUGGAUCGACUGGGAAGAAAUCAAUGGUGGAAAGUUUGAAACGUUUCGGAGUGAUAUCAUCGAAAAGAGUAGCUGAAGUUAUGGAGGCUUUAGAUAGAGGUCUCUUUGUACCAGCUGGAUCUUCAGCUUAUGCUGAUACUCCUUUGCCUAUAGGUUACAACGCCACCAUCUCAGCUCCGCAUAUGCACGCGACGUGUUUGCAGCUCUUGGAAGAUAAGCUCCAGCCCGGGAUGCGCGCUUUAGAUGUUGGCUCAGGAACCGGGUACUUGACUGGCUGCUUUGCUCUCAUGGUUGGAGCUGAAGGCAGUGUUGUUGGCGUGGAGCAUAUCCCUGGACUGGUUGAUAUGUCGAUCAAGAAUAUCGAAAAGAGUGUUGCUGGUUCUUUGCUUAAGAAAGGAGCUCUUUCUUUACAUGUUGGUGAUGGAAGAAAAGGUUGGAAUGAGUUUGCACCGUAUGAUGCGAUACACGUAGGAGCAGCGGCUUCAGAGGUUCCUCAAGCGCUUUUGGACCAGCUAAAACCUGGUGGGAGAAUGGUGAUUCCGGUGGGAACCUAUUUUCAAGAGCUGAAAGUGAUUGAUAAAAACGAGGAUGGUUCCAUCAAGGUACAUACCGAAACUUCAGUAAGAUUCUGCAAAAACACAAAGAGAAAGUUCACAAACUCUGUAGUUUUUUCACAAAAGAAGAGAAGCAGAAAACUCAUAGACGAAGGUUUUUCUUUACCUGUCCAUCAAGAGCGGCAAUGGCGUCAUUUACUUCUUUCUCGCUAGACAUAGCUGAAAGCUUUAAGCUUGAGGUUAUUAUUGAAGAAGUCAUUUAUGAUUUCACAGAGAUUACAGAGGAACAAGAGAGGGUUUUUAGAAAGCGAUAAGGAAAUCAGACAGAGAGAGAGAGGUUGGCACUUACAAAAGUGUUCGAUUAAAGUCUUUAUUAUUUAAUUUAUAUAAUUGAAUAUUAUAUCAAAAUGAUUUCUGGGUCGGCCUUUUGGGCUUCUCGUUAAUCGAUUUAUGAAUGCGG